UCCUUUCUUUCCAUUUCUAUUUGUUGUACAUUUGUUUCUGUCCGAAGCCUGAAUCCCCAACAGCUGUUUGUUUUUUAACAGUACAUCUUUUGUUUGGCUUGUGUUCUUCAACUGGUUCUUUUCUAGUUGCUGCAUCACUCUCUAGUCCUAAACUCUCUCUCCAGCUCUGUGAAAAAACAACAAAUAUUAGCCCAACCGUUUUCAAGUAAAACCCAAUCUUUUUGUUUACCACCAUUUUACUUCUUUCUUAUUUUUUUUUGACUGUGCUUCUCCAAUGGAAACUGCUGCUCCUGCUAACCAUUCUGGGGAAGAUAAGGAUUGCUGUGUGAAAGUCGCAGUCCAUAUUAGGCCACUUAUAGGAGAUGAAAGGCUCCAGGGUUGCAAAGAUUGUGUAACAGUGGUCCCUGGAAAGCCUCAGGUACAAAUUGGUACACACUCGUUUACUUUUGAUCAAGUUUAUGGAAGCACAGGAUCUCCAUCAUCUGCCAUGUUUGAAGAGUGUGUUGCUCCUCUUGUCGAUGGCCUAUUUCAAGGAUAUAAUGCCACAGUUCUAGCCUAUGGUCAGACAGGUUCAGGUAAAACGUAUACAAUGGGUACCAGCUUCAAAGAUGGUUGCCAAACAGGACUAAUUCCCCAAGCGAUGAACGCUUUGUUCAGCAAGAUUGAAACUCUGAAGCAUCAAACAGAAUUUCAAUUACAUGUCUCAUUCAUUGAGAUACAUAAAGAAGAAGUAAGGGACUUGCUGGAUCCAAGUUCCGCUAACAAGUCGGAGACAACAAAUGGGCACGUUGGGAAACUAACAAUCCCUGGAAAAUCACCAAUACAAAUUCGUGAAACAUCAAAUGGUGUUAUUACAUUAGCAGGAUCCACUGAAUGUAGCAUCCAAACACUGAAAGAAAUGGCUGAUUGCCUGGAGCAAGGAUCACUAAGCAGGGCAACUGGAAGUACAAAUAUGAACAAUCAGUCAAGCCGCUCUCAUGCCAUUUUCACCAUCACAAUGGAACAGAUGCAUAAGCUUAACCCAAUGACUCUGAGUAAUGGAAAUGCAAAUGAGUAUACAAAUGAAGAAUAUCUUUGUGCCAAAUUGCAUUUGGUUGAUCUUGCUGGAUCAGAGCGUGCCAAAAGGACAGGUUCUGAUGGUCUUCGUUUUAAGGAAGGAGUUCACAUCAACAAGGGCCUUCUAGCCCUUGGUAAUGUUAUUAGUGCACUUGGGGAUGAGAAAAAGCGGAAAGAAGGUGUUCAUGUUCCAUAUCGGGACAGUAAACUUACUCGGUUAUUGCAGGAUUCACUUGGUGGUAAUAGCAGAACCUUCAUGAUAGCCUGCAUUAGUCCUGCUGACAUAAAUGCUGAGGAAACUCUGAACACUUUAAAAUAUGCAAAUCGUGCUCGGAAUAUCCAAAAUAAGCCGGUGAUCAAUAGAGAUCCCAUAACAAAUGAGAUGUUGAAGAUGCGGCAACAGCUAGAGCUUUUGCAGGCAGAACUUUGUGCCCGCGGAGGCGGAUGUUCUCCUGAUGAAAUACAGGUUCUGAGGGAAAGGGUUGCUUGGCUUGAAGCAAAUAAUGAGGAACUCUGUCGUGAACUCCAUGAAUAUCGCAGUAGAUGCCCUGUGACCGAGCAGUGUGAAACAAAUGCUAAGUUGGCUAGCUCCUUCUCUCUGAAAAGCGAAGGGCUUAAAAGGGGCUUGCAGAGUAUGGAGUCAUCUGACUAUCAAAUGAGUGAAAGUGGUGAUUCUGGAGACAUUGAUGAAGAAGCAGCCAAGGAGUGGGAGCAUACCCUUCUUCAAGAUUCCAUGGACAAAGAGUUGAAUGAGCUAAAUAAACGUCUGGAGCAAAAGGAGUCUGAGAUGAAACUUUUUGGAGGAUUAGAUGCAGUGGCACUUAAACAACACUUUGGUAAAAAGAUUAUUGAACUUGAGGAAGAGAAAAGGACUGUUCAGCAAGAAAGAGACCGAUUGUUGGCAGAAGUUGAAAACCUUGCUGCUAACUCCGAUGGACAAGCUCAAAAAUUGCAAGACAUGCAUUCCCAGAAGCUAAAAUCCCUUGAAGCACAGAUUCAAGAUCUUAAGAAGAAACAAGAGAGCCAGGUUCAGCUUCUAAAGCAAAAACAAAAGAGUGAUGAGGCUGCAAAGCGGCUACAAGAUGAAAUACAAUACAUUAAGGCUCAGAAGGUCCAAUUACAACAAAGAAUCAAACAAGAGUCCGAACAAUUUCGACAGUGGAAGGCAUCUCGUGAAAAGGAACUCUUGCAGUUGAAGAAAGAGGGAAGAAGGAACGAGUAUGAAAGGCACAAGCUGCAAGCUUUGAAUCAGCGUCAGAAAAUGGUUCUUCAAAGAAAAACAGAAGAGGCUGCAAUGGCUACUAAAAGGCUCAAAGAGUUGCUAGAAGCACGUAAAUCCUCAGGUCGUGACAACUCAGUAACUAGCAAUGGAACUGGCUCCAAUGGGCAGGGAAAUGAGAAAUCCUUGCAGCGCUGGCUUGACCAUGAACUAGAAGUGAUGGUGAAUGUUCACGAAGUACGUUAUGAGUACGAGAAGCAGUGUCAAGUAAGAGCAGCAUUGGCAGAAGAGUUGUCUGUCUUGAGACAAGCAGAUGAAUUUGCAGCGAAAGGAAUGAGCCCUCCAAGAGUGAAAAAUGGUUUAUCUAGGGCAGCUUCAAUGUCACCAAAUGCAAGAAUAGCAAGAAUUGCUUCUCUUGAGAACAUGCUAAGCAUCUCAUCCAACUCACUUGUAGCAAUGGCUUCACAGCUUUCAGAAGCUGAAGAACGGGAGCGAGCUUUUACUAGUCGUGGACGAUGGAAUCAACUACGGUCCAUGGGGGAUGCCAGAAACUUGCUCCAGUACAUGUUUAAUUCUCUUGGAGAUGCAAGGUGCCAGUUGUGGGACAAAGAAAUUGAAAUCAAGGAGAUGAAGGAGCAGCUCAAAGAACUUGUGGUUUUACUGCGACAGAGUGAAAUUAGAAGAAAGGAAACUGAGAAGGAGCUCAAAGUUAGAGAGCAGGCGGUUGCCAGUGGAUUGGCCACACCGCCGCCCGUAAGCUUCCACAUUCUUGCUAACUCUAACAAACACUUGGCUGAUGAGAUGAGCAGUCCCUUGUCUCCGAUCCCUGUGCCAGCACAGAAACAGCUCAAGUAUACUGCAGGCAUUGCUAAUGCUUCAGUAAGAGAGUCAGCAGCCUUCAUGGAUCAAACUCGAAAGAUGAUGCCAAUUGGACAGUUAUCAAUGAAGAAAUUGGCAGUCGUCGGGCAAGGUGGGAAAUUAUGGAGGUGGAAGAGGAGUCAUCAUCAAUGGCUAUUACAGUUCAAAUGGAAGUGGCAGAAGCCAUGGAAACUCUCAGAAUGGAUUAGACACAGUGACGAGACUAUCAUGAGAGCAAGGCCUCGCCAGCAGGCUCUACCGGAUAUCAUGUGUAGAAAUAGACGGUAGUUUGUUGUUCUUGCUUGUACAUUCUUCUCCUUCCCUUUUCGGCUCUCAACACAUGGCACAAUGAAGUACGUGGAAAUGAUUGCAGGUGCUGUGUGAAAAGGCCGUUCGGGGAAAUUUUUGUCGAUUCUUGUACAGGACCAACUGAAGUUUGGAAGUUUUGUUCAGACUUGGAAUUUUGUAGAAGUUGAAGUUCAUCAGCUGCAUCAUCUCAAUCCAUGUGGUGUCAUCACGCAGGACUCCAGCGUGAAGCAGCAACAAAAUCAAAUGAUAAAUGGGGGAGUUGCAACGCCAAUUCACCAUUGUAAAUCUUUGUGGUCAUGCCAACAUUUUGGUCAAAUAUAAAAAUUUUGAAGGGAGCUGUCUCUUCAAUAACUGACUGAAGCAUGUCAAUAAUCUUUUCUAAUCGUUUCUUUUCUUAGGUUUUCCCCUUUAGUUUUCGCCAAUUCAUUUUAGUAUAUAUUGUGUUAAAGCCUGAAAGAUUGAUUUUGUGCAAAGAAAUGAAUCUUAAGCAUUCUUUUUAUAGCA